UUCUGCUAGCUGCUUCUUCCAUUCCUCCGUCGAUCUCCCCGGAGUUGUGCGUGGUACGUGUGUGUGGUGGUUGUUGGUCGCCGGAGACGAUCGAUGGCAGUGCUUGCUGCUGCUGUGGUGGUGGUGGUGGUCGUCGGUGUGGUGGUGGUGGCGCCGGCGCCGGUGGCGGGGGAGCUGGCGAGGGUGGAGCACCCGACGAAGGAGGACGGGUCGCUGACGGUGCUCGCCGUCGGCGACUGGGGGAGGAAGGGGCAAUACAACCAGACGCUCGUUGCCACCCAGAUGGGCGUGAUCGGCGAGAAGCUGGGCGCCGACUUCAUCCUCUCCACCGGCGACAACUUCUACAACGACGGCCUCACCGGCGACAACGACACGGCCAGUUUCCAGGAGUCCUUCACCAACAUCUACACCGCCGAUAGCCUCCAGAAGCCUUGGUACAUUGUUCUUGGCAACCAUGACUACACGGGAGAUGCCCUGGCGCAGCAGAGCUCCGCCAUCCGCGCCGUCGACAGCCGCUGGACAUCCGUCAACAAAUCCUUCAUCGUCGACACAGGGGUCGCGGAGUUCUUCCUAGUGGACACGGUGCCGUUCGUGCAAAAGUAUUGGAACGAGAGCAAAUUCGACUGGAGGCAGGUCGCCCCUCGCGACACCUACCUCUCUACUCUCCUCACGGAUCUUGGGGACGCACUGUCAGAGUCGAACGCGACGUGGAAGAUCGUGGUCGGCCACCACACCAUCAGCAGCGGCUGCGAGCACGGCAACACCACCGACCUCGUCGCCAUGCUCCUCCCUGUCCUCAAGACCUACGGGGCUGACAUGUACAUCAACGGUCACGACCACUGCUUGCAACGCAUCACCAGCAUCGACAGUCCACUUGAAUUCAUCACGAGUGGGGGCGGAUCAAAGGCGUGGGCGGGGAAGUUCAAGCAGACCUCGGACAAGCUGGAGUUCAUCUACGACGGGCAGGGCUUCCUGUCGAUGCAGCUCACGGCGGCGGAGGCCAGCCUCGCCUUCUACGACGUCGCCGGCGCCGUCCUGCACAGCUGGCAGCUCACCAAGUCAACCUCCACCAACUAAUCAGUCAACCCGGCCCCUUGAUUAAUUAAUUAAUUACUUAUCGCCACUUUUUAAUUAUCUGUGUCAUAUUUAGCUGCUGUGCUCGUGUGUGUGUGAGUUCACUGGAACGGUCAAUGUGCUGGUUUCAGUGAUAGAUAUAUACUGUGACCAAAAAAAUGCACGGUGUAUAAUGUGUGGGUGUGUGUGUGUUAAUUUGUAUGUGUAAGUAAAGAAGCUGUUUGUAAUUGCAUCCUAAAGUUCAUGGGAUAAGUUAAUGGCAAUAUAAAUUAUAAAUUAUGUUGCUUGCAA